GGCCAGUAGCCGCCACUAUGUUGACAGAUUAUUUGACCUCGAUCCCCAGAAAGUCCUGCAAGGUGUCAUCUAUGGCAAUUGGAAUGAGAGCAUCAGUGCAGUGUUCCACACAUGUCUGCAGGGAAAGCUGCGUGAAAUAUAAGAGGCAGCUUCAUGGAGUGGGAAGAGGAGAAAUUCCCAUCUCAGUUCUAAUGGAGCAACAGAGAUAUGAAAAAUGCUGUAAUUGGAAACAACAAACAAAAAGCCAACUUGAUUGUUUUGGGAGCAGUUCCAAGGUUGCUGUACUUACUUCAGCAAGAAACCUCCAGCACAGAACUGAGAACAGAAUGUGCAGUGGUCCUCGGGAGCCUUGCGAUGGGUACAGAGAACAAUGUCAAAUCCCUACUAGACUGUCAUAUUAUCCCUGCCUUAUUGCAAGGAUUGCUGUCGCCGGAUUUGAAGUUUAUUGAAGCUUGCCUCCGAUGUCUCCGUACCAUUUUCAUCAGUCCUGUAACUCCAGAGGAUCUACUAUACGCAGACGCUACAGUUAUCUCCCACCUCAUGGCACUGCUCAGUAGGUCUCGAUAUACACAAGAAUACAUAUGUCAGAUCUUCUCACAUUGCUGCAAACUCCAACACUGGCAUAGCUGCGGCUUUAAAUCAUUGCCUCAGCCACUUCUGUGUGCCAAUGGUCCAGAUCACCAGACAAUCUUGUUUAACCACGGCGCAGUUCAGAAUAUCGCCCAUCUGUUAGUCUCCACCUCCUACAAAGUUCGAAUGCAAGCAUUGAAAUGCUUCUCAGUUCUAGCCUUUGAAAACCCACAGGUAUCAAUGACUCUUGUAAAUGUGUUGGUUGAUGGAGAAUUGUUACCACAAAUUUUUGUGAAGAUGUUACAAAGGGACAAGCCUAUUGAAAUGCAGCUCACAUCAGCCAAAUGCCUUACUUCCAUGUGCAGAGCUGGAGCAAUACGAACAGACGAUUCCUGCAUCGUUCUCAAGACUCUGCCAUGUUUGGUUCGGAUGUGUAGUAAGGAGAGACUGCUCGAGGAGCGAGUAGAAGGAGCAGAAACACUGGCCUAUCUGAUUGAAACAGAUGUGGAACUCCAGAGGAUUGCCAGCAUUACCGACCACCUCAUUGUCAUGCUUGCUGACUACUUCAAAUAUCCCAGCUCAGUGAGUGCAAUCACUGAUAUCAAAAGGCUCGACCAUGACUUGAAGCAUGCUCAUGAGCUGCGCCAGGCUGCUUUCAAGCUCUAUGCCUCCCUUGGAGCAAAUGAUGAAGAUAUCCGGAAAAAGAUCAUUGAGACUGAAAAUAUGAUGGACCGUAUUGUUAAUGGCUUGUCUGAAUCUAGUAUCAAGGUGCGAUUAGCUGCAGUCAGAUGUUUGCACAGUUUGUCCCGUUCUGUACAGCAGCUCAGGACAAGUUUUCAGGAUCAUGCUGUAUGGAAACCUUUAAUGAAGGUUUUACAGAACGCUCCAAAUGAGAUCCUAGUAGUAGCAUCUUCCACACUAUGCAAUCUUCUUCUGGAAUUCUCUCCAAGCAAAGAGCCUAUUUUAGAAUCGGGAGCCAUAGAACUUCUAUGUAGUUUAACACAGAGUGAAAAUCUUGCCUUGCGAGUGAACGGCAUUUGGGCUUUAAUGAAUAUGGCUUUUCAAGCAGAACAGAAGAUCAAAUCUGAUAUCUUACGAGGUCUGAGUACAGAGCAGUUAUUCCAGUUACUUUCUGAUUCAGAUGUAAAUGUUCUGAUGAAAACUUUGGGACUGCUCAGGAACCUCCUCUCUACUCGCCCACACAUAGACCAUAUAAUGAGCACUCACGGGAAGCAAAUCAUGCAAGCAGUGACCCUCAUUUUGGAAGGGGAGCACAAUAUAGAAGUCAAAGAGCAGACAUUAUGUAUACUUGCCAAUAUAGCAGAUGGAACGACAGCAAAAGAAUUAAUUAUGACCAAUGAUGACAUCCUGCAGAAAAUCAAAUACUACAUGAGUCAUUCAAAUGCUAAACUUCAGCUUGCUGCCAUGUUCUGCAUAUCUAAUCUCAUAUGGAAUGAAGAAGAAGGUUCACAAGAACGACAAGAUAAACUACGAGACAUGGGAAUAGUAGAUAUUCUACAUAAAUUGAGUCAGUCAUCAGAUCCAAAUCUGUGUGACAAGGCGAAGACAGCACUCCAGCAGUAUCUUGCAUGAUCAAAGACUAAUUGAAUCUAUGGACACCCCUCAUGUCUACUUAAGGAAAAGCAGGAGAUACUCCUGACUCCUUAUAUUUGCACAAGUCACCUUGGGCUGCAUUUUUCUCAGGUGCAGGGAGCUGCUUUGCAGAAACAGUUUAAAUGAUCAGGUCUCCAGUGCACUUGAGAAUUUUCUUGAGGUAGUUUCUUUACUCAGAGGACUCUUGGGGGGUUGUUUUGUUUUUUUUGGGUUUUUUUUUUUUUCCUGAGCUACCUGGACUUUUGAAUAGAACAAUCAGUCAUCAUUUUCCUUUGGGCCUACAAUUUUCUGCUUUUGCUGCAGCCUGCGUGUGUGGAUGUGUGUGUGCUUGGGUGUGUGCGCGUGCUUGGGUGUAUGUGUGUGGGUGUGAUACCUCAAUUUUGUUUUUCCUUUUUUUUGUGUGAAAAUCUUUUUCUACAGGUUUUCAAGGGUUAACCAUUGUUUGCUGUACGAAUACUUCAAUGAAUUAUAUACAGUUUGAAUGAAAUGUUAUUUAAAAAGAAAACCAAACUGUUGUAUCCCAUAAAGUUUAUUUUGAAUUUUGAA